AUGACAAUGUCUGCAAAACCUACUAUACAUGUCCUUGGGAUGGGUUCCAUGGGAACUUUACUCUCAGUUAAUAUGAUUCGUUCAAGUAAUGUUAACAUUAUCCCACUAUUUAGAAAUUUAGCUAAAGUUAACAAAUUUAAAGAGGAAGCUCACUCGACAAUUGGAAUGAGAAAAGUUUAUUUAGAAGACAAACCUUUAUCCACUGCAAUAUUGAACACUGUUUAUUGUCCAGAGACAUUUCCAAAGGAUAAUAUCAUCAAAAACUUGAUUAUUACUACCAAGACAUACCAAACAAAGGAUGCUUUGACACCUUACUUGUCUUAUAUUAACAAAGAUACCAAUUUGAUUAUGGUACAGAAUGGUCUAGGGGUGUUAGAUGUCCUUAGAGAUGACAUAUUUACAACUCCUAAUGAAAGACCAAAUUUGUUUCAAGGUGUAAUUGCUCAUGGUGCUUUCCAAGAUCAUGAUUUUAUUUUUAAUCAUGCAGGUUUUGCUGAUAUGAAGAUAGCAAGAUUACCUUGGGACGAACAAAAUAUCCUACAAACUAAGACCGUUGUGACUAAAGACGCUUCUGAGAAUGAAUUGGUUCAAAUAUUCAUGGAUGAUGCAGUGAAAGAAUCUCUAGAUAUCCAUCAUAUGACUUAUCAGGAAUUAUUAUUGGGACAAUUGUUUAAGUUCUUGAUCAAUUCUUGUAUUAACUCCGUCACAGCUAUUGUUGAUGCCGAUAAUGGUGAGAUAGUUGAAAAUUGUAAACCCGUAUUCAGAUCGAUAGUUACUGAGGCUUUAGAAAUAUUGAGAAUUGCUUACAAACCAUUAUUUGAAUAUGAAACUAAAUUUAAUAAUUCUCCAAAUUAUCCAGUGUUAAGUGUGGAUAAGACCUUGGAUAUCGAAUAUUUGGUCACUGAAAUUAACAGGAUUGGUUGCAUCUUAAAUAAACAUAAUAGUAGUUCGAUGAGACAAGAUACAAGAUACUUGAGAGACACUGAGAUCGAUUAUAUCAAUGGGUAUACUGUUCAAUUAGCGGAGAAAUUACAUUUAGGGACUGGUUCAGCUAAAGUUAACAAAACCAUAUGUGAAUUAGUUAAUUUAAGAUUGGGUCUCAAUAGAAAGAGGGCAGCUGAAGGUGAAUGGAAGUAUAAAUAA